AUGAGGGCAGUUGCAGAUACGGAAGCAACUCAAGGCCAACUACUGCCUACACCUCAUGAGGGCUUACCCUCCAGGAAGCCCAUGGAGCUCUCUGGCGCUCUGGACCGAUUCAGUUAUUUCGACGUGACCCCAACCAUCGGCAGGGAGUUCCCUGACGUCGAUCUGAGAGCAUGGCUGGAGUCCCCGGACUCAGAUACAUUGCUUAGGGACCUUGCAAUCACAGUGUCGCAGCGAGGCGUGGUAUUCUUUCGCAAGCAGGACAGGUUGGACGAUAGUCUGCAGAAGGAAAUCGUCCAGCGGCUGGGAGAGUUAUCUGGGAAACCCUCAACAUCUGGGUUGCAUGUCCAUCCUUUUUUUAACGCAGGACUACCGUUUGGAGGUGUCGAUAACGAAAUCGAUGUCGUUAGUACGGAGCAGGAUAGGGCGGUGUUUGGAGCCCCCCCUAAGUUCACUAAGAGACAAUCCGCUUCCAAGGAGUGGCACACUGACAUUGCGCAUGAAAUUGUUGCAAGUGAUUAUGCCAUGCUGCGCCUCAUUGAAUUACCAACAAAUCCGGGUGGAGAUACGCUCUGGGCAUCUGGAUACGAGCUGUACGAUCGUAUUUCAAAGCCGUACCAGAAGUUCCUUGAGGGUCUAACCGCUACCUUCGUUCAACCAAGCUAUGAGAGAGUCAGAAAACAGUUUAAUCAUGAGCUCUACACUCGGCCCCGAGGUUCCCCUGACAAUGUGGGAUCUGAAUUUGUGGCGGUUCAUCCUGUGAUUCGAACAAACCCUGUCACCGGCUGGAAGUCCCUAUACGCAGUUGGAAAUCACAUUCAGCAUAUCAACGACUUGGAGAAGGAUGAGAGCGAUGCCAUCCUGCAGUGGUUUACCCGGCUGAUUACCGCAAACCAUGACUUGCAGGUACGGUAUAGAUGGCAGAACCCGAAUGACAUCGCUCUUUGGGACAAUCGAUGUGUCUUCCACGCAGCUACUAAAGAUGUUGAUAUCAAUGACAAGCGCGUGGGCCAUAGGGCUAUGGGGGUAGGAGAACGUCCGUACUUGGACCCAAAAAGUACUAGCCGGCGAGAAAGUCUAGGUCUUCUUUGA